AGCAACAACGGCAAGCUUCUGCAUUGUUGUGUUUGUCGUUUGUCACGAUAGAAUGCGUCUGAAGAAGGGGAAUGCUGCUGCUGCUGGUGCUGCUGCUGAAUGCCGUGAACUGAAUGAUGCACUUCUGGGCACCCGGGUGUGGUUUUUAUACGCCAGCCAGUGAGGCAGCCAACGAGCUCCAAAAGUUUCCCACUUCGUCUAGACCACUGUCGAGAGGUGCAUCCUUGAGGUGCGACUUUCCCGGUGGGGACUUCUUACGAAAAUGAAACAACCAAACGUACGGCACGUGAAGGAGAACGCGACUCCGCGGCCCCACUGCAACACGGCACGCGAUGCAUCGCAGAAAGGGAAAAGGAAAAAGCAGUUUCGUGAGUGACGAUAGAGUCCACGGCUGGGCCACGACAUAUGGUUGCACGCCCAGCCAGUGCGUACGAUUAUGCAGCUACAAGUGGCGGCCCAUAGUUUUGAUGUCUAUUGAACCGUACCUUUGUUAAUGCUUCGAUUUAGUCUGGGUGUAAACGAUGGUGCUUUUUGCUGACUUUCGGCCGACAAGGAAAACAUAGAACCAAUUUAGCAAACUUGGCCUUGCGCCGAAGGUGUUGGUAUGCAGAAUGUACCAAUUGAUUUCAACUUGAGCUUGAGCAGCGGCAGUGAAAAUGGAGGGAUAGUGGCACAUAACGUAGUAUAAAAGAGCAAGAAUUUGGUUGUAGAUAGUAUCAGUAACAGCUCAUCAGCUUUUCAGUGCAGUUGUGCCCAGUGCAGCUAAGAAUUUAAAACAAAUUUGAAAAAUGUUCAAACUAGCGUUGGCUGUUGUGGCGCUGGCAGGAGUUGCAUUGGCAUACGAGCACCAUGGAUUCGUCAGUGAGGUGAAACACAUCCCGUACAAGUACUACGGUGGUGGCUUCGGCGGAGAACAGGGUGGAUUCGAAGGUGGUAUUGGCGGUGGUAUCGGCGGAGGCAUCGGCAUCGACGAGGGCAAGGACUUCUACGCCUACCCGAAGUACAAGUUCGAGUACGGAGUGAAGGACUACCACACCGGUGACCACAAGAGCCAGUGGGAGGUGCGCGACGGUGAUGUCGUCAAGGGAGAGUACAGCCUGGAUGAGCCGGACGGUUCGGUGCGCAUCGUCAAGUACCACGCCGACGCCAAGAACGGAUUCGAAGCCGUCGUCAAGAACAUUGGCAAGGGAGGAAUCGCGCAGGAGAGCGGCUCGAUCGGUGGUGGCCAGGCUGGAGGAUUCAUCGGUGGUGGUUACGGCCACGGCUACAGCUACAGCAAGCUGAAGAAGUUCAACUGAACGGAAAGUGAUUUCGACAAAUUAGGUUGGAAUCUCGUAAAGAACUUUCAUUCAAGUAUUCCAAAAAAAUAAAAUUAAGUGAAUCGCAGAAUCUCAUGAAGUUUUCGUUACGGUUUGUCAGCCAGUUUUGCCCUUUUGUAGCCCGUUUCUUGUGCAAGCGCUUUGCUUGAACUUUUGUGCAAAUACUUAUACCGAAUUUCUAUG